UUUUUCUAUCCCCGGGUUACUCACUCAGUUAUCUUUCUUCCUCUCUCACUCACAUUCACAUCACCCCACAACAACUGAUUGAACCCUAAACCGUGUGUGUCUGCUUCUGACCCGACAGUGUAUGGUUUCGAUUCUUCGCAGGUUAUGGCUUCAGGCAGUGGUGCUUCUCAGACGAGUUCAGCAGCUGAUUCCUACAUUGGGUGCUUGAUCAGUUUGACCUCAAAAAGUGAGAUCAGAUACGAGGGUGUUCUCUACAACGUCAACACCCAAGAAUCUAGUAUUGGUCUCAGAAAUGUGCGAUCUUUUGGAACUGAAGGAAGGAAAAAGGAUGGUCCACAAAUUCCUCCAGGCGACAAGGUGUACGAGUAUAUACUGUUCCGUGGGACUGACAUCAAGGAUUUACAGGUUAAAUCUUCUCCACCUGUCCAGCCCACUGCACCAAUAAAUGCUGACCCAGCUAUUAUUCAGUCUCAGUAUCUUCGACCUGUCACCACAUCUACAAGUUUACCAGCUGCAAGUGGAUCUUUGACGGAUCUUAGUAGUUCUCAUGCCACACAGCUUGGACAUCCUGGGUCAAAUUUUCAAGGCCCCUUGCCAUUGUAUCAACCUGGAGGGAACAUGGGGUCAUGGGGAGCUUCUUCACCCGCCCCAAAUCCAAAUGGUGGUGGGCUUGCUGUGCCAAUGUAUUUGCAAGGAUAUUACGGUGCCCCGAAUGGGCUUCCUCAGUUACACCAGCAAUCUUUGCUUCGGCCACCACCUGGAUUAUCAAUGCAGCAGCCAAUGCAGUUCCCCAAUUAUAGUCCCUCUUUCCCAACUGGGCCUUCAAAUUUGCCAGAAUUCCCAUCAGGUGUCCUCCCUGUGGGUACCAGUUCUCCUAGUGUAACAUCAAAUUCUAUGCUUUCGUCAAAUCUUCCAUCAACUCUACCCCCAGCACCUUCUGCUACUCUAGCUCAUGAAACCCCACAAGUAUCAGUUUCAAAUAAGGCACCGAAUGCAUCAUUUCCAGCAGCCAAACUGGUUGCUAACUCACCAUCUCUGACUCCUUACACCAAUGGUGGUCCAGAUACAAGUGCUUUAGUGCAUCCUUUCAAUAAACCUAAUGUAGUUUCAGGUUCUAGCUUACCGUACCAAACUGUAUCCCAGCUGACCCCUGCUAUCGUUGGAUCAUCAAGUUCCAUUCGAACUGAACCACCGGUACCAUCUCUGGUAACCCCAGGUCAGUUACUGCAGUCUGGACCAACUGUAGUAUCUUCUUCUCAGCCUUCACAAUCACUUCAGAAGGAUGUUGAAGUGGUUAAGGUGUCAUCAACAUCACUUCCAGAGCCAUCUGUGCCAGUUUCUGCUGAAUCUCAGCCACCAAUACUACCAUUGCCAGUAACAUCACGGCCCAGUUAUAGGCCUGGGGGAGCUUCUAUCCAAACUCAUCAUGGCUAUGGAUACAGAGGACGUGGAAGAGGAAGAGGAGCCGGGGGUUCCCGCCCAGUUGAAAGAUUCACUGAAGACUUUGACUUCAUGGCAAUGAAUGAGAAAUUCAAAAAAGAUGAAGUAUGGGGUCAUCUAGGUAAAAGCAACAAGUCUCGUUCAAAAGAGACAGAUGGGGAAGAAAAUGCCAGUGAUGUAGAUGACAAUCAAGAUGAUGACAAUGUGGAUGUGCCUAAAGUGGAGGUUAAGCCUGUUUAUAACAAGGAUGAUUUCUUUGACUCACUCUCUAGCAAUGCGCUUGAUAAUGAUUCUCAACAUGGAAGGAUUAGAUAUUCUGAACAAAUUAAGAUCGAUACUGAGACAUUUGGUGACUUUCCGAGGCACCGUGGUGGCUGGGGCGGCCGUGGUCCAUGGCGCGGUGGUGGUGGUCGUUCUAGAGGUGGUUACUAUGGAAGGGGGUACGGCUAUACAGGAAGAGGAAGGGGGCGUGGCAUGUCCAGCCGCCCCUAGAUGGUGGCGGUAGUUAGUGUUUGACUAAGUUGUGGUGGUAGAGAGGAAAAGGCCACCCACUAAAGCAACAUUUCUCGAGGUUAUGUUCAAGUAUUGUACUUUCGCUAUUUCUGUUUGGUCCUGGAAUAAGCAGGACAUAUUUUCUUGCCAUAUACCAGCCCCAAUACCAAAAAGAACCCGGUUUGGUUCAAAGUUAUGUUUCUUUGUCAUUUUUAUUAUUACUUCAUAUCAUGAAGGCUCAAGUUUAGACUAGUUUCUUGCGGUAUGUUGUGUAUGAACGUAGAGACUUGUUUUCGAAUUGUUUUGCAUUGUAAAUGCAAGUUACAGUUUUUGUUA